UGAUCUGACGUCACUUCCUGUAACGUCCUCGGGUCCCUCCGUCGCCAAAAAGUAACCGACAUAAUCAGAAAUGAUGGUGUCAGAGAAGAAGAAAACAGACAUCUGCGGGUUUGUGUCUGAUCAACUGCGCAAUGAGCCAGACCUCAGCACACUAACCUUGGGAAUUUUAAAGAAGCGAUACCUUGAGCAUGUGCCAUGUGAAUCAUUAAGUCCAGAGGUGAAAAAAUUCAUGAAGCAGGUGGUCAAAGAGGAACUGAUAAAAAUGCAGGACAACGAUGAAUGGUGUGAGAGUGGAAGUGAGUUGAAGACCAAGAAGCCCCAAAACAAAAGGAAGAGAGAAAAGGAAAAUGACGAGGUGAUAAAUGGGACUGAAGAUGACUCCACGGCAAAGAAAUCGCGUCGUCUGUCAAACUCAUCAUCGAAUUCGGAGGACAAAGAGGACUGCAAAACAGGAAGUGAGGAGAGUGAGGAGAGUGAGGAGGAAGAGCAAAUGAAACCUGAAUCCGAGGAUGCAGAGCAAGAGGAAAACGAAUCGCAGCUAACAACAAAUGGGAAAAGUAAAUGGCAGCUAAGCAUCGACGAAUCAACAGAUGAGGAAAUGAACAAGUCAGGAAAAAAAGGUAAUGGGAGUAACUGUGAUGACAGUCCAAAAGAAAUGAUGAUAAAGAGAGCAGAUGCUGCAAAGAACGGAGAUACAAGAAGCAGCAAAACAAAUGCAGGAAAGAAAACGCCACAGAGUGAUGAAGACAAUGACUCGGAUAGCAAGUCAGAAAAUAGCGACAAAGUCAACGGCAAUGACUCCUCGGAUGAAAGUGAUAAAGAAGAAAAAGUCUUGGUAGAAAAUAAAAAUAACGAACCAGACUCUGAUUCAUCGUCACUCACCUCAUUGGAAGAUGAAAAGGAUAAUGGAAAAGGAAAAACACCAGCUGAAAAAACGAAGAAAACCAUGACAAAAGAGAAGAGUCGCAGAGAUAGAAAGGAUAGCAACAAAACAGUUGCGAGGCUCAAGCGCUACAUUCAUCUCUGUGGUAACAGGCUGAAUUACAAGAAGCUCCUCGGUGGCUGUCGCACUGUUGGCUCCCAGGUGGCUGUUCUGAAGAAGAAGCUUGAAGAUCUUGGUGUCGAUGGUAAACCAACUAUUAAGAAAUGCAAUAUAAUCAAAACGAAAAGAGAGGAAACUCAGGAACUAGCUGAUCUUGAUGUCAGCAACAUCAUUGCCACAAAAGGUCGACCUAAACGCAGAGGAUCCUCUGCAUGGGAGGAACAGAAAGUCCCUCUGUAUUCUACACAUCGGCGAACUCUGAACUCCAGCUCUGACAGUGAUGAAGAAAACAACGCACACAGAGGGAGCAGGAUAGCACGAGACUGGGCCAACCUGCAGGGGAUCAUCAGUGAUGAUGCAGACAGCAACUGACAGAGACACUUUGUCUUGCAAGUGUUUAUAAGUUGUGUUUACAAAUGAUUUUUUGAUACUAUUAAAAAUGUAGUUCUUAAACAUUUUGCAUAUUGAGAUAAAAUUGAUACACGAUGUAAAAUGAAUAAUUUUAUGUAAAUCUGUUAAAUUUCAAAUAAAAGUAUUUUAACCAGGGGA